AUGCAAUAUAAGUGCAAUGAUGACAAGGCAGAGCUCUCCUGGAAAGCAGCCCUUGGAGCAUUAGGGUACACAGCUACUGUCAGCACACAAGGCAUAGAAAUUGUGAACUGCAGCACAAGAGAAACAAGCUGUAUCAUCGAUGGGAUAAAAUGUGGGCAGAUAUACACUAUGACUGUGGAAACCUUCGGUGUAAAUUGCAACAACAACGUCACCUCAACAGUGACCUUUCCUACAGCUCCCUGUGUCCCUGAGCAGCAACCCCCACAGUUCAGUUGUGAUACCAACACAGCAUCAUUGUCUUGGGGCAGAACACUAGGAGCAGCAAGAUAUAUCUCCAAUGUCACUGCUCCAAAUGUGGAGACACUCACCUGUGAGACCAACGACAUGACUUGCAAUAUUACAGAUUUCCAUUGUGGGCAGGUAUACACCGCAACCGUCUCAGGCAUCAACAAUCAGUGCAGAAGCCUAGAAAGUCUCCCUACUACAGUUAUUACUGUUCCAUGUCAGCCGCAGAAUGUGACUGCUAAAAUAGACUGCACUUCUUUUGCUGCCUCUGUGAGUUGGGAUAUUGCCCCAGGAGCCCUGAGAUACUCAGCAACAUUAAAGGCAUCUGGAGGAGAGAAACUGAAGUGUAACAGCACUGAACUUGGCUGUCAGGUGAAAAACCUGCAGUGUGGACAGAUUUACGCUGUAACUGUAACCGCUUUUAAUGAAUUAUGUCAGAGUGUAUCCAGCUCUCCAAUAGAACUUGAAUCAGUGCCCUGUGUACCCACCCAAGGGUUGGCUGACAUAAGCUGUGAAUCUAAUGCAGUAAAUGUGUCUUGGGCUCCAACGCCAGGAGCUGUGAACUAUACUGCAACAAUAUCUGGGCCACAGGGGCAACAGUUCAUCUGCCAUUCAUUGAACAGAGCGUGUACUUUUCCAUGGCUGUCCUGCGGUGCGGAGUACAAUGCCACUAUUGUUGCAGUGGGAAACACAUGCAGCAGUGUCUCCAGCCAGCACAUUAGUUUUCAGACAGUGCCGUGCCAACCUAAGAAUGUAAGUGCACAAAUGAUUUGCAGCAGCUCUGUGGCUAGUGUUACCUGGCAUGAAACUCCCGGAGCCCUGCGGUAUUUGUCCACAUUGACAUCAUCUAGAGCAGUGGAGCUCACAUGCAACAGCACCAAGCUGGGAUGUGAAGUCAGCAGCCUUCAGUGUGGAGAAGCAUACACUGUGACAGUGAGCGCUUUUAAUUAUGAGUGUCAAGGCAUCCCCAGUCUUCCAACAGAAUUACUCUCAGUGCCCUGUGUGCCCAGCCACAUCCAGUCGAAGGUCAGCUGCGAGACAAACACAACUAUCAUGUCUUGGGCAGCAGCUGAGGGAGCUGUUAAUUACAUUGGCUUAGUAACUGGACCACAUGGAGAAGAGUAUGAAUGUCAAGAAGUCGGCACAUCAUGUAAUAUUACCCAGCUUUCCUGUGGCUUAGAAUAUAACGCUACUGUUCUUGCAGUGGGACAUUCGUGUAGCAGUAAGUCCAGUGAAGCCAUUGCAGUAUAUACAGGACCAUGUGUACCUCAGAAUUUCACUGCCAUAACUGACUGUGAAGACAGCAGUGCAGUUCUCACUUGGAGCAAAACCCCAGGGGCUCUGAAUUACACAGCACUGGCAAGAGGGCCAGAUGGGAAAGACUUCACUUGUGACACAGAGUCAACUACAUGUAGGAUCCCUGCUCUGCACUGUGGUUCUACAUACAAUGUCAGCGUGAGAGCAUUUAAUGAACAAUGUGUUGGGGAGAGCAGCACUGUCGUACAGCUUAUUACAGCUCCCUGUGCUCCUGAUGGUCUCCAAGCAGAGGUGGGCUGUGUCGCAAACUCUAUAUCUCUGUCCUGGGAGCAGAUGGACAAUGCACAUUCUUUCCAGUGCUAUCUGACCGGACAUGAUGGCCUUACUCAGACUUGCAAUUCAACAGAGAAGAAAUGUGUUUUCCUAAACUUGCCAUGUGGACAGAUAUACUCAGCUACUGUAUCUGCUUCUACGAGCCAGUGCACUGGGCCCACAAGCAAGGCUAUAAGCAUAGAAACUGGUAGGUAA